UAAAACUUUUAUAUAUUUGUUCCUAGCGACUUAAAAACAAACACUAAAAAAAAUUAUGUUGAAAAUAUCAGUGACAGUCACAUAUCUGGGCGAACUCCUCCUGCGGCUUUCUUUCUCUGGGCCUAAUUCUCUAGGCUGCGUACGUGAGUUAGGACACUCGUGGGCUCCGUUACGGCCCAACUUAACCACGUGAAAACUCCUCCCACAAAACAGAAAAAAAAAAGAGUAAGAACAGGAAUGUGAAUGCGACGACUGCCUGCUGUCAACUGACCACCUGGCAGUGCAACGGGUGGCGCACAGCCGAGCAUGCUCCAAGCGGCUAUUAAUUCCGUGUUUAAAUCUUUUAAUCCGCGUGUUUAAAGCUUUAAAUUCGACAGCUGGUGAGUUGUUAAUAAAGCCUUCUGCCAUAGCGAUAGAACUCUCCAGGCUCCAUCUCAGUAGCUGACGUCACCACCCCAGCGUCCACACGCGCACCGCAUGGCUUCUACCGACGCCGACGCCGACGCGGUCGCCGUGGAGCUCCUCCCGUUCAUCCGCGUCUACGUGAGCGGCCGCGUGGAGCGCCUGCUCGGCACCGACACGGUCGCGGCGUCCCUCGACGAGCCCACGGGCGUGGCUUCCAAGGACGUCACCGUUGACCCGGCGACCAACCUCUCCGUGCGCCUCUACCUCCCGCCGGCGGUCGCCGCCGGCGAGAGGCUGCCGAUCCUCGUGUACUUCCACGGCGGCGGCUUCAUGGUCGAGUCGGCCACGUCCCCGACGUACCACCGCUACCUCAACGCGCUCGCCUCCCGCGCCCGCGUCGUCGCGGUGUCCGUCGAGUACCGCCUCGCGCCCGAGCACCCGCUCCCCGCCGCGUACGACGACUCGUGGGCGGCGCUCGCGUGGGCGGUCGCCACCGCCGCCGCCCCCGGCGCCGUCGAUCCGGAGCCGUGGCUCGCCGCGCACGGGGACGCGUCGCGGGUGUUCAUCGCCGGGGACAGCGCCGGCGCGAACAUCGCGCACAACGUCGCCAUGCGGGCCGCCGCCGCCCCGCUCCCGGGCGGCGCGGGGAUCACCGGCGUGCUCCUGAUGCACCCCUACUUCUGGGACGCGUCGAACACCAUGGGCCCGGCGCUCGAGGACCGGAUCCGCCGCGAGUGGCGGUUCAUGUGCGGGAGCCCCGACGUCCGCGUCGACGACCCGCGGCUGAGCCCGACGGUGCAGCAGGGCGCGCCGUCGCUGGCGGCGCUGCCGUGCAGGAGGGUGAUGGUGGCCGUGGCCGGGGACGACUUCCUGGCGGGGAAAGGGAGGGCGUACCACGCGGCGCUCGUGGCGAGCCGGUGGCACGGGGAGGCCGAGCUGGUGGACACGCCGGGGGAAGACCACUUGUUCCACCUCACGCGUCCCGGCACGGCGGCGGCGGCGAAGAUGAUGGACCUCGUCGUGGAUUUCGUCACUCGUUGAUUGAUGACUUGGUGCUGCGACCUUCGCGUCGAUCGGGUACUCGUGUCACUGUUGCGUGAAAUUGAUGAAAUAAACAAGCAAAUAAAAUGAUGGCGCCAUUGCCAUUGCCAAUGCGGGGGCUUUGUCGUUGGCUUAGGAUCGAGUAGCGAUGUGAUGGAAUGAAUUUCUAUAAAAUCGAUGCACUCCAAAUGCCGAGUGAUUUGGCUAUGAUUUGAAUUUGCGAUAGAUGAAUAGAUGAUGGAGACAUGGAGUUGAGCAGGGGAAAAAACUGGUUGAGCAGGUGGUCGCUAUUGCCUGCUAGUACUCCCUCAGUCCCAUAAUACAAGGGAUUAUGGGUAGAUGUGACACAUCCUAAUACAAUGAAUCUGGACGUCUCACAUCUGUCCAAAAUCCCUUAUAUUAUGGGACGGAGGGAGUACUACUACCAAUUGUUGACUUUGUGAAUCUAAUCAAGUUCAGAGAGCCAACUACAAGUAUAUGUCAUGGGUAGUGGGCCGAGGGAUCGAGGCCCUAAGGAUAAGGAUAGAGUUUGUUGGAUAGAAUUAGACUGGGUCCUCUCUCCAUCUAUAUAAGGAUGGAUUGUAUCAUCAUUCUAACUGAUAAUACCCCGCGUGUUGUUGCGGGACUCAAUGAUUAUUGUAAGUGCAAUGUGAAAAAUACAAAAGGUAUCUUGCCCACA